CUACUGUCAUAUACGAAAAGCGACAUUCGCGCCACAACCGCGGAACCACAAUGUUGCAUCCAUUUCGCAGAUUCAGUUGAUUGUUGAAUAUUAGUUGAGUUGAUUGACUUUCAAUUGUUUUCGGUUUCGAUAAAGUUAAGUUUGUUGGUUUUAGUGCUUUAUGUGUGGUGUUAUGGACUAACAUAAUGUGGAAAUUGAUAUUCGUAUGCUUGUUUUCCUGGGCGGGAGGGCAGAGCGGACGCGCGCCACGGCAGGACCACCACGGGCGAGGCUGGGACAUCCGACUUGCAGUGCCGGGCAAGCCAGGGAACGACUACCCCACGCUCGGCAAUAUCCCAAGAACAACCUUCUCUUGCGCUGGUAGACAACCAGGUUACUAUGCGGAUCAGGAGACAAACUGCCAAGCCUUCAGAGUGUGCACCGCGGGAUCCACCUACGGCUUCCAAUCCUUCCUCUGCCCCAACGGUACUCUUUUCAACCAAGCCGUCUUCGUCUGCGACUGGUGGAUGAACGUCAAAUGCGAAGCUUCACAAAAGUUCUUCAACAACAAUGAAAAAUUCGGAAACCUCAAGCUUGGACCGCAACUUAUGAAAGAUAUCAAGAAGAUGAUUACACAUCCCAUGAGAAACCCUAUAGACAAAGGUAUCAUGAAAGGCAAUCUGGUUGUUAUGCAAGACUAUAAGCCACCUUCAGGACAAUUAUUCCCCAACAGCGCUCUAAUAGCAAGUGCAGAUAGAACUCCUAGUAAUGUCUUCGUGCCACCAAAAAUCACACAGCAAAACUUCGGACAAACCAACUUUAUUAGAGACACGUCUUUCGCUGGUUCAACGCCGAGUCCCUCGUAUAUACCGUUGGAUGUGCAGCAGAUACAGGCAGAUGCAGAAGUAUUCCAGCGGCAGCAGCAAAAUGGACAACAGUGGCAAAAUGGACAGCAGUGGCAAAAUGGCCAACAGUUGCAAAAUGGCCAACAGUGGCAAAACGGCCAACAGUUGCAAAACGGCCAACAGUUGCAAAAUGGUCAACCGGUGCAAAAUGGCCAACAGUGGCAAAGCGGCCAACAGUUGCAAAAUGGCCAACAGUUGCAAAACGGCCAACAGUUGCAAAACGGCCAACAGUUGCAAAACGGCCAACAGUGGCAAAACGGCCAACAGUUGCAAAACGGCCAACAGUUGCAAAGCGGGCAACAGUGGCAAAACAGCCAACAGUUGCAAAAUAACAGACAAAACUCACAAUCUGGAAAUCAGUUCGGUCGUCUUGUGCAACCUACUACUACUAUCAAUAACAAUGUUAACUCACUUCGUCAGAAUCAACUAAGUCAGACUCAACUGAACCCAGCACCAACUACUUAUAACCCACAAAAUUUCAACAAUCAAAGAAUACAGGGUAACAGACAAAAUGCACAAUACACAGCCAAUAAAACUCCCGCACAGUGGAACAGUGGAAAACAAGCUGAAUUUGGAGUUUCUUUAACAAAACAACAAUACAAUUACAACUCAAAUCAAGCAAGUCAACAACAAAACUUAGGGUUCCCAAAAUUCUCAAGCGACAUUAAAGGUCCAGUGGGCAUUAAAGCCAAAGAGAAUCUGGUAAGUAACAAUGAUAUACCAUCUACUGUCAUAACAAAAACAAUAACUGUUAAUCGAAUUAUUCAAGAACCCAAGACAGGUCAACCUAAAUCUCGAGUAGUGUUCAAAACUUGGAUUGUUAAACCAUCUAAGGCUGCUAAAUUAGUCGCGGAACCAACUGCCUACACGUAUAGUCGUCCUACUCCGCCAAUUAGUGAGCGACAAGUAGAAGCAAGUACCCCUUAUGUUUAUAAUAGACCAACCACCCCACAACCGCCUCCACCAUCACCACCACCAGCAAAAAUUGUCUCAGAACCAGACGAAUCUUAUAUUUACAACAAACCCACAGUAGCAGCGAAGGUAGUAUCAGAGGAAGAGGAGCCGUAUAUUUAUAACAAACCAACGGUGGCGGCUAAGGUUAGGUCAACAGUUAGACAAUUGCCUCAAGUAACAGAAGCAGAAGAGCCUUAUGUUUACAAUAAGCCGACAGCUGCAGUUAAAAUAGUAUCAACUGUUAGACAAGUCCCUCGCGCGUACCUUCCUCCAGCUACACCAGCUCCAACAGUAGCUAGAUUAUACCAACCACCGACUACAGUAGAACCAACCAAACCCUCCCGUCUUUACUUGACUCCAACUACGGUGAAUCCACUAGAAAGAAUAUACAUACCACCAUCUCAACCUACACCUUUUAGACAAUACUUAACACCCAAUACAGAUAUACAAACUCCUUUCUCUCAAAAUGAGAAACUUAUUGCCGCUCCGACCUCACCUUCGCCCGUCUAUGUUGCUCAAACUAAAGAGAUUUCUACUCAACCAUCUUUCACCCUCACUAAGCACUCCCGUAUUAACGCAAACCAUAACAAUUUGUCCUUUGCAGAUAUACUAACUAAGGAAAAACUUGAUAUAACAGUCAAUGACAUAGUCAAAGACACCAGCAAAAUCCUUAAAUCUGCUUCUAAUGAACAGUUCGGUCGACUCACCCAAGAUUUUAAUUCAGUUGACUAUCCUGAAGAGAGUGCCUAUUUACCGCCAGAUUCCAAUCCAUCGAGUAAAGAGAGUCUGACUCCGUCAACCUUACCAGAUACAGCAAAAAGUUCUCGUCUCACACAAGCUCCAUCAAAAGACUUAGAACCUCCACUAGAAACCCCCAAAGAUGUUCAAAAUACUAAUCAGCUCUCUAAUCUACCUUUUUUCAAACAACCCACGAACACCAUCGAACGAACAGUAUCUUUGAAAAUCUCUAUUCCAGAGAACGUAGCGUCGUAUCUUUUUAAAAAUACUAACGACAGCGACUUGGAUAGGUUAGAGAUACUCAACACGGGAAGCAGUAAUUAUUUAGUCCUCACUAACCAACUCGCCACGAGUACCACUCCUACUUUCAUUCCAAUCGGUAAACUGAUUGCAGAUAAAAAUUCAUCUCUUUCAAAUUCACAGGCACUGGUGUUCUCUUUACUGGCCAACUCUAUCAACGUGGCCAAGGAAUACAGCAACAUCGCACAACAAAACGUACUACAAGCAACACCCACACAACCACAGUUCCAGAACGUCAAUGAAGAGCAGCUAGCUCGCAUCACAAACCAAAUAUCACAACUCACGUCAUCUCAGUACUCUGGCAAUAAUCAAAAUGGUAAUAUUGGCAAUGCAAAGAUUGUAUCUUCUUCUCAAACUACCACAACAAAUUCCGGCACUCAACACACACAAACGCAAUUACCGAAUAACCUAGUACAAAAUAGUGGAAAAAGCGGACAGUUAAACGUAGCACCACAACAAAGCGGCAGUUUCUACUCAUCACAAUUCCAAUUUGGAAAUGGUUUAGGGCCAGCGGUUUCUAAUGCUAAUCAGAACCAAGUAUAUAGCGGUCAACUAUACCAGGCCCCGGUUCCACAAGUAACUGAGCAGUACUACAAUAAGGGAAGUCCAGCGAAGCUUAUUCAAGCCGACAAUGUUAACAAUUUUGCAACUGAAGCUGAACACCUCCAGACCAAUCAACAGUCAAAUGCAAAAAAUAACAUUAACCAAUCAAAACAGUCAAGUGCAGAAGUUGAAAUAGUUCAAUCCCACAGUUUACCCGUACCAAACCCGGCGAAGUUGCAGGUCACCCAAGAAGAAGCUAAUUUCAACAGCCAGGAAUCUUCACAAGCUUUCAUUAACAACUUUUUAAAUAGCGAAGGAAUAUCGGCUCAAGUGCAGGAUAAUAUUAUCGGGACAAUACCGCAUCCUUUAGAGAAAAAUAAAUUUGUGACGUAUAAAAAAGAUCAAUCAUACUCUUUUUACACGAGGUUGGAUGGCAAUGGUUUAGACCAACCAACGCCACAACUCAAUGCAGGGAGCCAACAAAAUGCAAAACUAAUACAGGCGAAUGAUGAUAUUUUCCAACUAAUCCCGUCUGUCGGUUACCAACUGGAGGAUGAAAAAGAGCAAGAGAAAAUACUUAACGCUUUUAAUAUUAACGAAUUCGGAAGUCCUAAAUCAGAAAACAACAACAAUAACGAAGGGUACAUACUUCCAACACCUACUAAUCGUAGAAGUGAUGUCCUUACCACUAACGUAGAUUUUUCUGUGACCCAUCCUUUUGCAAAGCAACUUCUCGUUCAAAGAAAACCUAAUGCUAUUUAUGAUGGGCCUUCGUCAUACUCAGCUCCUCAAGGAUCAAUAGGCUUUUUAGACAACAGGCAACGGAUUUUGCAGAACCAAAAUUUAAAUGCUAGGUUAGAACAAUUUGAUAUUAUUAGUAAUGGCAAUGGAUAUCCUCUAAAUUCUCAAAGACAGUUUGGAUACUAAUAGGUUACUUAAGUUACUUUCCUACAAUGAUGAGUUCUUGCCAAGCAUAGGGAUGGUCCCUGGAAGUUUACUAUCUCACUCUACCAAAUAGUUGUCACAUUACUGUAUCCCUAUCGUUUCUUUGUCCGUUUGCUCGGUGUGGACGCAUCAUCACGAAAAAAGACUUCCUUAGUAUAAUAGUAAGAUAACUAUAAAUGUAAAUAUGCGAAAUAAAUUAUAACGAAAUAGAUGUAUGUUUUUAGCUUAAGUCGACGAAAUGUCAAA